GAGGUUUUGCCAAGACGACCCACCCGGCGCUACUACCGGGCCGAGAAGUGUCUAAACCUCCCCUCACGGCACAUACCUUAGUUCCUUACCUUAUCCUGCAUACCUUAGAUUCCAUACACUAUUGCCGGCCACCAUCCGCUUUCUAUGGUUCUCCGGUACUACCGAAAUAGGUAAACCGGGCAAGAAAAAACUCGGACAUAUCCGUGCCGAAGCCCUUUGAAUGCCUCCGAACUCCCGCUCAUUCGAUGCAGACCUGGGCCUUCAACCUCCGGCCCGCGCCGCCAGCGGCAGCCGGCCUCUACUUUGCCCUCGGCGCAGCCGGCAUCUCAGCAACCCUCCUCGUCAAUUUCCUCCUCCGCCCAUCACCCGAUGAAACCCGCCCACCCGUGUCCUCACCGCUCAAAACCCAGCUCCGACACCUCUCCCCUACCGAAAUUGCCGCCCUUCCCUACCCACCCGAUGUCCUUCCCGGCGGCCGGACCGUCGACACUCCCUACGGCGCCAUCCAAGUUUUUGAAUGGGGCCCCGAACAAGGGGAGAAGGUUCUCCUCCUGCACGGGAUCAGCACCCCGUGUGUGGCCCUAGGCACGCUCGCCGAGGAGCUGGUGCGGAAGGGAUACCGUGUCAUGGUGUUCGACCUGUUCGGGCGCGGGUACUCGGAUGCGCCGGUGGAUGUACCGUAUGAUACAAGGCUGUAUACGACGCAGCUCUUGCUGGUCCUGGCGUCGUCGCCGCUGGCUUGGACUGGCGACGAUGGAUUCCAUCUGGUCGGGUAUUCCCUCGGUGGCGGGCUGGCGGUGGCGUUUGCCAGAUAUUUCCCGAGGAUGGUGAGGUCGGUUGUGGUGAUUGCUGGCGGGGGGCUGAUUCGGUCGGCGCAUGUCGGCUGGAUGAGUAGGUUGUUGUAUUCGAGGCGCGUGUUUCCGGAGCGGGUGCUGCGAUGGUUGGUACAUUGGCGGCUGCGGCCGAAGCAGGUCGGGUUGACAACGGAGACGAAGAUGGCCGGGGAAGUAGUUGGGGCUAAAGGGACUGAGAAGAAGCGGCAGGAGAAUAGCGAUGCCAGUGGAGGGGAUUCGUUCGAUAACGCCGUGUUGUUGGCGAGGAGGCCGGAGCACACUGUUUCGUCGGUCAUGGACUGGCAACUGCGGAGUCACGAGGGGUUUAUUCCUGCGUUUGUGAGCAGUAUCCGGUAUGCGCCUAUCUACGACCAGCAGGAGCAUUGGUUCGCGUUGGCGCAGCUGCUGGCUGAGAGGAGGGAGAGGCUGGAGUCGGACGACACUGCAGGUGAAUUGCCGGGACUCAGGGGAGGCAGGCUUCUCCUUGUGCUGGGGGCAUCGGACCCGGUGAUCGUCAAGGAGGAGCUCCUACAUGAUGCCACUGCUAUAUUGGGUGAGGACGGGUUGAAGGCGGUGCUGUUGGACGCCGGGCAUGAGUUGGUUAUGGACAAGGGGGCUGAGGUGGCAGCGGUGAUGGCCAGUUUCUGGAAGCGGUCGCGAAGGCGAGUGCGACGGAGGAGGUAGAUAGAUGCCGUCCGGUCAGAAGCUUCAUAGAUCCGGAGAUGCUAUUUUCGAUGCUAGCGUCCAUUCUGGCGCCGAUUCGUUUGAUUGGGCCGCAGACAUACGAUACGGCAAGCUGCUAGGUAUAAACGCAAUUUUGAACUUCAAUUGCCCAUGACUCGAGCGAAAGGACGGGAUAAGGUGUCUGGUCCACGGGCGUCGGGCAGUCCAGAUGCUCGGCCCCACUUUCAACCGCUC